AUGGUACAAAGUUUUGAGCCUGUACUCUGCGGCAAGGACCAAGAUAUACAUAGUAGUGUGUUUGCAAGUUGCUAGAGGGAUUUCGGCGAUAUGCACUGUGCAAAAAGGUCAGCGACUGCCCAGAAAAGUCUAUUGCACAGUGCGAAGUGAACUUUUGUUUUAGCAUAGAGUGGGUCGCCGAAAUCACUCCAGGCACUUUGUAAACGGCCUAAUAUCUCUCUUAGGCUCUACUCGUUGCUUCCGAUCGUCUCUGAACCGCCGAAUAUCUCCAUUGAGCUUGUCCUCAGCUGCAAAAAAUAUACGCAAAACCAUUUUUUUUUCUCCUGGCCAUAUCUUUGUUUCCCAUAGUGCAUGUCGCUGAAAUCACUCCAGCAACUUUGCCAACGGACUAGCGGAUAGAAAAAAAUGAGAUUUUUUCAAUUUUAAGAAGAAGAAGAAGUCACAUUAUUUUGACACAUAGUAUGUAUAUAUUGUACGUACACACAGAUUUUUUUUCAAAAAUAACACAAGCAAAAUGUCGCCAAGAUAGGACCAGAAAUUAUUCUCUACGUUCGUCUCUCAGUUGUUUUUAUGGUAUCAAGAACUUUCCGCUCGAAAACAAAUCUCUCCCCUACAAAAAAAGGCAACAAAUCAUGACUAAAAAAGCAAAGCAGCUUUUCUGUUGUCUAUUUCUCUUUGCAAUCGUAGCCAAAAAAGCUGUUAAAAAUCUCAGUCGUUUCUGGAAAGCAUAAGCUAAAAUUUUCAUAUUUUUAAAGACGCUCAACACAGGCAAUGCCCAGCUAAUCUGAUGAGAAUCUCUUUGCCUUUUCGACGAUUUCCCCUUCGAACAAAAGUCGAGAUGUUCGAGAAACCAGUUUAAGCGGCCGCUGACUUUUUUCGACUUUUUUGCAAUUCCCUUAAGUACAUAUUGCACACCACUUUGAUCACGGCUAAUCAUCGCCAAAUCCGCUACAAUCUCGGCACAAUCGUCUGAUCUUUCGCGGCCGGAUUACUGUAUGGCGUGUUCUUUGGUUACGGCGGGCCCCCGGCCGCCGCCGCCGCCGCACCGGCGACGAACGAAAUCUUUUCUCGGAGGCGCGCGCUAGCGGUGGGCGGGGCUUGGCAUAUGCCAGGAGGGGAGAAAAGGCGACGAGAGGGGAAGAAGAGAAGAAGAAGCGGGAGAAAAAAGCCACCCGGUUGUAGCCUCGCGGAGGUCACUGGGUUCAAAAUUUGUUUUUCGGUGCAGAGCGACGUAGAUGAGAUCGCUUGGGGCGGGGCCAGCCGCGUCCACUGGUCGGUUUCGCCACGAACGUUGGGGGGCUCAGUCCGCCGGAACCUCCGUUCCCGCGUUGUAGGGGUACUUUUGCCGUGAUUCGGCGCUGCCACAGGGCAUGAAAAUUUCCUGUCUGGAGGUUGAAGCUCAUAAUGGGGAUGGAAAAGCCUUUUAUUUUGCGAUUUGCUUAGUCAUUGCUUUGGAAUGCAUGUAAAACUACUGUUUUUUGACGAAUAGUUGUCUUGAAAAUAUUUAUUUACUUCUUUGCAAUUCGCCGAACGUGUUGCGAUCAAUUUUAAUUCGUUUUACAGUAAAUUAUGCCCUCUGACAGACGUCGAUCGCUAUAGUUUUUCGCACGUGACUGUUUUAUGGUCUAUUUAUGCUUUAAAAAAUAUUUUUUUUUUACAUUUUUCAUCACACCAGUUUACCACCUUAUAUCCCGUAUAACAUGCGAGAGUUUUCGCAAUUUUCUCGGAAGCAAUUACACAAGUUUUGGCCAAGUUUUCAUCAAGUUUCCGCCGAGGUUUGGCCAACUUGAUUAGCCUCCAACUUUGUUGGGUUGGUAUUACAGCGGCGUGUAUUUUUAGCACGAAAUGGUUUCCUAUUAUUUUCGCGUUUUGUGUAAUUAAAACUUUUCCGCCUAAAGCGAACCUUGGCACGCAACGCCGAAACGACUUACCGUGCGAGAACUUUUCCGACGUUCUUUAGACUUGGGAUCGGAAUAUAAUAUGUGUUAUAAAUGUAGAAUUUGGGGGGUUUGGUAUAACGAGAAACAAAAAAAAAAUUGUGAGCGGUGAUUUUGAUGAAAUGGGGUGAAAAAACAAUGUUUAUAUUCUGCUAGUCCGUUGGAUAGAGUCGCUGUGAUUUUUGGCGUUUGCACUGUGCAGAAAACGUCAGGCGACAGCCCAAAAAGCCCGUUGCAUAGGGCAAGGUGAACUUUUGUUUUCUCAUGUCUCCGGAAUCACCUCAGCGAUUUUUCGAAGCGAACUGUUAGGUUGGGCGAAAAGUUAUGACGAUUUUCUUGCAAAACUUUGAAGCCGAUUAUUUCCUAGCUCAGAUCCCUUCUUAUUUCAACAUACCUAUAGACUAAUAGAAGGCUUAUUGAAGCUUCAUCAAGGGUAUAUUACUAAGCCGUACGGCAUAGCCGAGAUUUUCUAUUGCUAAAAAUUCGGAAGUGCCUCGAUUCGUGCAGUUUUGGAAAACCGAACGAUUUUUUUUACAAAAAAGGUGAUAAAAGUGCAAAAUUUUUGCGAUUUUAGGGCGGAAAGAAUUGGUAUUCUCUACGAAGUGUAAUAAGCACACAAAAAAUUUUUCUCUGUUUUUCUCGCCGUCUCUCCUCAUUUCCUAGUCUCUCUAAACAUCGUUGAAUAUCUUGGCUCUGCCUGAGAAAGGUAAAGUAAACUUUUGCAAAAUUAAUUAGUGUCUCAGUUAGACUGAUCAUACCAAAUUUAAAAAAAAAUCCGAGAAUUUACCGGUCGAUAAUUUUGAAAUUUUUAAAAAUUAAUUUUUCAAAGUUUUAGACAUCUUUUUUUAUUUUUGAAAAUUUAAUCUCAUCAAUUUGAGAGUCUGAAUUUCUUGCGAUCAAUAAUUUUUUUUUGAUUCUCGCGCUGUCAGUUUUAUAUCUUCAAAAAAAAAACGAAAAUUUUCUCGCUUUGCAGGCACGUGUAAUGUCCAUUGCUACGCCUACGAGUAUAAUGUUGAUGUUUGCGUUCACAUUCCGACCGAUUGUCUCACACUUGGACUUCCACCACAAGCACAAUGUCGGCAAAUACGUGUCGCCGAAGACGGUCGUCACGCUGAAGAAUGGGAAGGUGCAGGGAUACACGAGCGAACUCAACCAUCGCGCCAUUCAUGUGUACAAGGUAGGGAGGGGGUGCAGAGGAGCGGGAAUUUUUAAUUCUGAAUAUAUAGCAUUAUGUUUGCAACAAAAAAAAAAAAUUGAAAAUUUGAAAGGAACCCAAAUUUUGGUAUCAAAAAGUAUCAUCAGGAGAAAAUAAUUUUGCUUUUUGAUAAAACAAAAGACCAUACUAUGAAUUCAGAAUUUUCAUAGCUACAAAAAAGUAUCAAAAGGUAUCCUAGCGGCAUUUUCUUUUGAAAAAAUAACGCUUUUCCGGUCCAAUUACAAAUUUUGGUAUCAAAAAGUAUCACAAAGACAGAAAUCAUGAACACUUCAAAAAUUAAAAUGGCUAUGAUGACUUUUCAUACAUUUUACGGUAAAAAAAGCUCUCAAAAUGUAUCACAUCAUCUUCUCGUUUAAAGAAAAAAAGCUUUUCUUCCAACUCUUGGGACUUUUCGACGUUAUCAAGUAAAUUUUGUCCUCUUUUUUUUGCUGAAACUUUAAAAUUUCUUUUCCACUUUUUUUGCGCAUUUGGACUUAUGGUUCAAUAUUUUUUAAUAACCAGGCUGUGAGAGGAGAAAAGGGAUUUCCAAUCAGGAUUAAGCUGCGAUUUCCGUUUGAGAUUUUCAUUUCCUCGUCCUGGCUCUAAUAAACUCAAAGGAAAACCAUAAAAAAAGUAACACGUUCAGGGGCAAUUAAUUCGCUAAAUUACUUCCUAAAAGUUCAACAAAAAAUAUAAUGAAAAAUUGAAGCAGCAUUCUAAGAAUCCGAUUUCCAGGGUAUCCCCUAUUCGGAGCCGCCCGAAGAGGAGUAUCGGUUCGAGAAGCCGACGCCCAAGGAGGAAUGGGACGGCUACUGGGACGCCACCGAAUAUGGUCCCAAAUGUCCACAAUGGGAUUCCAAUUCGAAUAGUUUUAAUAACGGUGCUGAAGACUGUCUUUCAUAUAAUGUGUUCGCGAGAGCGGAGUGCCUUGUAAGUUGGUUGAAAUUUCAAAUUUUUUUACUCAAUUUAAGCUUUAAAGUCAUCAAAAUUCGUUUUUCACCAACGCCACCUAACCCCCGUAACCCCAUCUUAUGCGCUAACAUUUCAGACAAAUUCCUGUCCCGUUAUUGUAUUUCUUUCUACAGAUGCUCAGGCCAAAGAGCGGCGGAUUAUCAACCAGUUUUUGGCGCGCGAGUUUGUCGUCGUGACCUUCAACUUUCGCUCCGGGAUUCUCGGUUUUCUGAAUUUGGGCGUCAGCAAGGAUGACGCGCCGCUGAACGUCGGGUUUAAUGGUGAGUACGUUUUUUGUUUUGCCCUUUCUUUUGUCAUCCCCACUUCCGCAAUGCCGUCAUCUUGUCUCAUUUCCAUUUUUAUUGUUUCAUCGGCAAACAUUCUAUUAAAUUAGGGAGUAAAAUUAAUUUCCCGCUCUCUACAGAUAUCACUCUGGCCUUGGAGACGAUUUCUUCUGAGAUCGGAAAAUUUGGCGGAGAUCCCUCUCAAAUUACCGUAAUUUCGGAGCAAUCCAACAUUGUCGAAUACCUAAUGGCGACCGGCGCAAAAACCUUCGCGAAAGCGAUUACAAUUUCCACAACUCCGGCGCAACUCAACUCCCAACUCAACGCCGAGGCGAGUCGCGCCGUGAUGCGCCAACUCGGCUGCGAACGACCCGAUCUCGACUCGAUUUUGAGCUGUUUGCGCGCCGUCGACGUUGCGGAUUUGGUGGCAGCGGGUGUGCAGGGAAUGUCGCCCGAGGCCGACGCCGACGCGUUGCCAUUCGUGAGCCUGGAGUCGAUGAUGAAACAGUGGAGAGUAAGUCAAAUAUUUGCGGAGGUUGGGGGUAGGAUUGCAAUCUCGGCGGAAAUAAUGCAUAUUCUGGCAUUGUAGCUUAGGAAUUUCUGUUCCAUCAGAAAGAGGAAAAGGUCAUGUUUGCUGGGAAUACGAUGGAAAAAUUUUCAAAAAAUGUAAUUUUUUUGUUAAAAAAGCCUCAAAAAACCACCAUUUUCGCUAUAACCCUUCAAAAAUCAUCAUUUUCUGAACCUUUUUCUCAUAAAUCAUCAUUUUCUUGCAGGAAGUGCCUUUACUAUUCAUUCAACAAGUGCCUUCAACGCUCUCAACCGACAUAUCGAAACUGUGCCAAGCCUACACCCCCCUGUUCUCCUUCCCCGUGACGGUCAGCGAAUGCGAGCGGCAUUACAAGUCGGCCGCCGCCCUAAUCAGCGACGUUUCGGCUGCAUACGCCGAGAAAAUCAUGGCAAUGAACAAACAGAAUGGUAUCGUUGUUAGUUUCGACAACAACGAUGAAGAUCUCAGCACUGUGUUCUUGGAUUUCGCGUCACAGGAUGCAGGUGAGCAUUCGGGGAUUAAUGAGAGGGGAAAAGUGCGGAAAGCGGAUUUGUUUGGCCUAAGGGGUUUAGUUUGUCGGCUAAUUCACAUGUUCAAGGGUGCGUUCCGGUCAAGGAAGAUUAGAAAAAGCUUGUGAUUGAGUUCAAAAGACUUAUAUUGGAGAAAAAAAUUUGUAGGUAUUCGGAUAAAAGGAAGGUCUGGGAUACCUUUUGCCACCUUUUUUGGGAUUUUGAACAUUCUAAAAUCAACAGCAACUAAUGAAUUUGCAAAAACAAGCCUUUUUGAAGUCUGAAUGAUACCUUUUGAUCCCAAAUUUGGACACUUUUUGAUCUGUUUUGCCACUUUUUCCGGCUACAACUUAUUUUUGGCCCAAAUUUUUUCCCUACACCUUGUAGCGCACAUCAUACCCAACUUCCUACCGUAGAGCCCACAAAAACUUCCGCUGUAACGCCAUUUUGUUGCAUGCGCUCGAAAUACCCGCACUGACGUGGAACGAAAUUUAUGGAGCCGCUUCGAAAGCUGGCGUCAUCUUGGCAAUUUGGGGGAAGAUAAAAGUAAAUUUAAACCGCAUGCCCUUUUCCCGCAUCACGUUUGUUUUUAACGCGCGUGCUUGCCGAAUGCGAUGAACCCCUGGGCCGGGCCAAUUAGGCCGUCUUUUGAAUAAGACGGCGGUCGAUUUCGCGGAAAUAUAUGAUAACAGAGAUUAGUGCAUUCCAGGAGCGCGUCCGAAAUAGCCCGCUGCACGGAACAGGAAAUCCCAUCAUUGCUGAAUAUGCGUAUAAUUAUGCGGGUUGAAAAUUGCGAGAGGAGAGAACCGGGGAUUCUUCGCGGCGUUACGGUACGCGAAAGCUUGGGAAGAGAGGGGAAGACGGAGUGGGUGGGGGAGUUGGGAUCAGAAAUGAUGACAAAUCUUUUGGGGAAGGCAUUGAGUGCUUUUUGAGAUGGUAUUCAAGCUAAGAAAUGAAUGCAAAGCAGGCUGAAGCUAGUGUAAUUCAAACACAAGACCUUUCUUUUAGUAUUUUCAGUCUGUCGGGAAAAUAAUGAGGGUUUUUUGCAUCGAAUCGCCGCUGGGAAAAUGAAUUAUGUCGCGGCAAAAUAGGCUUUCUUUUCACUUCAGCGACGCAAUUGGCGCUGCAAGAGUAUGCUCAUUAUUUUCCCGACAAAAUGAAAAAAAUAUAUUUUCCCCCCAUUGCAAGACAGUAAGGCAAAAUUUUGAGCAUUAAAAAUCAACCUAGCCCUACUCAUUCACCCUUAACAAGCAAAUUUUUCAGACCUCAACAAGAUCAAGUCUGCCCUAGUGGCCCAAGGCGGCAAGCCCCUCGAACUCUCAAACAGCGCCGCGCUCUGGCUUCAAAACUCGGCCGAUCGCUUCGUAACGAAACGCCAUCUUCUCCGCAUCCCCAACAACCCCAACCGUCAUCGGCGCUAUGUUGCGCGAGCCACGGACCCAAAAAUGGAGCAAUUCGCGCUGUACCUGUGCUGCGGCUUGGUGCUCUUCAUCGUGUUGGUGGUCUGCUUCCUGGCGGCCGUUUUCUACAGACGGAAUGUCUCGUUGCAAAUCGCUUUGUGA